UUGGGGAGGAGACGCGAGUUCCUGCGGGAAAGGGUGGGAGGAGGCAAGCCAAGACUCCCGGGCGGUCUGCGCUCCGUAGUCGCGAGAACGGUACUGGAGGCGGGGGUAUCCCCGGCCCCUCGGAGUGGCCUUUUGUGCGAGCGGCCAGAGUCUAUUUCAGCCUCACUGCAACAAUGUCUGCCUGCCGGCUUGGAAAAGUAAUUCCCAAAACAAGCAUCUUGUUCUUGUGUGACAUGCAGGAGAAAUUCCGGCCAAAUAUCAGCUACUUCCCUCAGAUUGUAUCUGUGGCGGCUCGAAUGUUGAAGGCUGCCAAAGCUCUUGAAAUCCCAACUGCGGUGACCGAACAGUACCCCAAAGGCCUGGGUCCAACGGUGCCCGAGCUGGGUGCUGAAGGACUUCGGAAGUACCCCAAGACGUGUUUCAGCAUGAUAAUCCCAGAGGUGGAAAAGGAGAUGGCCGCUGUUCCCAACCUCAAAUCUGUACUGCUGUGUGGCAUUGAGACUCAGGCCUGCAUCAUGAGCACAGCGCUGGACGUGAUGGAACGUGGGCUGGAUGUUCAUAUUGUGGUGGACGCUUGCUCUUCUCGCAGCCAGGUGGACAGGAUUGUGGCCUUAUCUAGAUUACGUCAGAGUGGUGCUUUCCUUACUACCAGCGAAGGGCUUAUCCUGCAACUUGUCAGAGAUGCCGCGCACCCCAAUUUCCGAGAGAUCCAGAAGCUGAUUAUGGACCCGGCCCCAGACAGUGGCCUUCUUCCCUUUCUGAUGACACCGAGCCCCCUUUUCAGCUAGGUCCGCUGCUCCAGGGCAGAUGGCUGUCCUUGAAAGUAUCAAAAUCAUUUGGUUCCUGCAGCCAGUGUCUCCUUUUGGGUAGGGGAGAAGGGAAUUGAGACUAGGAGCAUGUUGCUUUGUCUUUUUGAACAAGGAGAUGCCAUGCCCCCUAAUUCCAGAUGUGUGGGGCCUUUCAGUGCAAUGGGUUGUUUAGUUUUAGCUUCAAGGUUUUGUGGUUGUGCGUGUGUCUGCGUGUGUUUCUGUCUGCAUCCUGGUGUUUCAAAGUGGCUCCAGGUCUUACCCUCAGUUCCAAUUACAUCAUCUUGUAAGAAAGAAAGGAGAAUUUCUGUAAAGGAGGAAAGCCUUCAUUGAGUAGAUUAUUGGUGUCUUCAGACAGAUCUGGGUAUCUUCUUGAUAGUGAACUUGUAUGUACAGGAAUGGGAUUUUGAUUUUGCAGGAGUCUGAUUCUUCAAGCCGAGAACACCCAGACCGCCAUCGGAAUAAAUGAUAUUGCUGGA